AUGGUAGCCAGAAGGCCAGGUGUCUGGCCUAUUCGAUGCGAGGUGGGAUCUCAUGCUCACUCGGGCAUGGAAGCAUUUUUUCGAGUACAACAAUGCAAUAAUUCCAGACCAGACGAAAAAGACGUGCUGAAGGGCAAAUUGAAAGAAAUAUUCAUCGCCUCCGAGGAAGUGGAAUGGAAUUAUGCUCCCAGCGGAUUCAACUUCUUGAGUGGAACAAAUUUGACAGACGACAGUUAUUCAGCGCCAUUUUUUACAAAGGGGCCUCAUCGCAUAGGUGGUACAUAUCGAAAAGCUGUUUAUCGCGAAUAUACUGAUGCAACAUUUACUGUCAAGAAAAAUAGAGGACCAGACGACAUCCAUUUGGCUAUUAUGGGACCAACAAUAAGAGGCGAAGUAGGAGAUGUGAUCAAAAUUACAUUCCGAAAUUUUGCCUCCUAUCCUUAUUCAAUUGAUACCCACGGCGCCUAUUAUCUUAAAAAUGGUCCGACUAAAACAAAUGAAACUGCAGUUACAUUCUGGACGCUCUUGAAGCAAUACGGUCCAAGUGACUUGGAUCAAGAUUGCUUGCCUUGGAGAUAUUUCUCUGACAUCGACUUCAGACGGGAUGGUUAUGACGGUCUAAAUGGAAUAAUGCUUGUGUGCAGAAAUGGAACCCUUGAUGAAAACGGCCGACAGAAAAAUAUAGAUAGAGAAUUCUCGCUUAUCUUUUCUGCUGUGGAUGAGAACAUAGCCCAUUACAUCGACGACAACGUUCUAUUUUAUACAGAAGAUCCUUAUGGAGUGGAUUUUUAUGACCGACAAUUCAAUCUCGCUAAUCGAAGAUACUCUAUCAAUGGUCGUAUGUAUGGUAACCUGGAAGGACUGCAGAUGUGUAAAGGCGACAGAGUCAUAUGGAACAUUCUUUGUGUUGGAAGAUCUAUAGAUCUGCACACUGCUUACUUCCAUGGAAACAACUUUUUACAUCGUGGAAUUUACCGUGACACCGUAACUGUGGUACCCAGCAUGUUAUAUUCAGUGACAAUGAAGGCAGAAAAUGAAGGAGACUGGAUUAUAGAAUGCCGAACCAACAGUCACCUGACAGGAGGCAUGAGAGCAUUAUACAGAGUGGAAGAAUGUAGUAAUAUUCGACAGAAACGACACACACAGGAAAACACGAACGAAAUCACUAGUAAAGUUGAAUAUUAUGAACCUAUAUCGAAUAGGGUGGAUGUAAAUCAACUUCCGACUGUCAGUAAAGAAAAGCAGGGCUAUCUCAGUCCAAAAGAGAAGAUAGUUCCUGUCAGGGGAGGUAAAGUUCGAGAGUAUUUUGUUGCUGCUGUAGACGAGGAAUGGAACUAUGCACCCACAGAUCGUCAUUUGGUUCUAGGGGGAAGUUUGAUGGACAGCGAAGAAAGCAAACCUUUUGUGGAAAGAGGGAAUGAUCGUAUUGGUACUCGCUACAAGAAAGCUUUGUUCAGAGAGUUUACAGAUUCGACCUUCACAACGAGAAAAUGCGAAACUCCAGAAUCCAAGCAUCUAGCUGUAAUGGGCCCCAUGAUCAAGGCUGAAGUUGGUGACCUUCUGAGAGUAACUUUCAGAAACAUGGCCUCCAGACCAUACUCUUUCCAUCCUCAUGGAAUCUUGCAUCACCAGGACAAGAAUCAUCGCCACUUUGGAUCUGAUGAGGACCCUGUGUACCCUGGUGAUGAAAUGGUUUAUGAGUGGCUGGUUCCAGAAACAUCUGGACCUGGACCCAAUGGGUUUAACUGCACACCCUGGGCUUAUUAUUCAGCAGUAGAUCCAGUCAAAGAUACGAAUGCUGGAUUGAUUGGACCUCUUGUAAUUUGCAAAAAAGGAAUUCUAGCAGAUGAUGGACGAAGAACUGAUGUGCAACACGAGUUCGUGGUCUUGUACACUAUUAUGGAUGAAAAUGAAAGUUGGUACAUUCAGGAAAACAUAUUUCGAUAUACAAGACAACCAAACACAGUUGAUCCAACCAAUAAUGACUUCAGAUCGAGCAACAGAAUGCACGCCGUGAACGGUCGCAUCUACGGUACUCUGGAAGGUCUGGUUGCUCGGAACGGCACGAAGACGGCCUGGUACCUCUUGGGAAUGGGCAGCGAAGAAGAUCUACACACCGCGCACUUCCACGGACAAACCUUCCUCAUUCGAUCGGACACAGUCCGUCGAGGAGACGUCGUCGAUCUCUUUCCCGGAUACUUCGAAGCGGUCGAAAUGGUGAACGACAACCCUGGAACGUGGAUCCUGCACUGUCACGUGGACGACCACAUGAGAUUCGGCAUGGCAGUGACGUUCACGGUAAAGCCCUGA